UUCUGGGCGAACCGUCGGCAGUCGCGCCGGCGCCGCCGUCGGCGAUGGACCACGACGAGGACAGGUCCUUGUCCCUGGGAACGGAGGUCUCGGCCUCCGUACCCCCUCCGAGUCCUCUUACGGGAUGCUAUCUGCUUGCUGUCAUUGGCGAGCCCCACACUCAAGAACAUAAGGAAAUUAUUCUGCAGCGCCUCGUUAAAGGCCUGCUAUCAUGGGACGCUGGCGAGCACCAGGUCGAUUUGGAGAAGGAACUGGCCACCCUCACGGCACAGGCACCCGAGGGGGAAGAGGCCAGAUAUGGCGAGCGACUAAUCCAGUACGCUUCAGAAAACCUGGUGACGGAGAUCCUGAUCCACCCACAGAUGAACACGCUGAUGCAGUGUAUGAGGAACCUGCUCAGCUCUUUCACUCGGCACAGACACCUGGUCCACGCCGGUUACACCUUCGCGGGUAACGGCUCUUGGAUCAUGCAGGAUGGUACAUUUUCACUGGCUGACUUCACAGACGCCUACCAAGAGAACGAGGUGCAACGCGUGAUUCGCGCAUACGAGAACUCCAUUUCUAUUGAUAUACAUUGCUCAGUCGCAAAUGGCGAAUGGGCCAAACUCCCGGACAUGCCGUUCGUUAAACACUGCAAGAUUCGUGUCAACCCCACUGACAUACUCGACUCUGGCUCGGAAGCCAUGAAGAAUUUUAUCGCGUACCUGGAACCUUACAUCGUUCCAGCCAGCCUGGAACAGCUAUUGGUUCCCAGUGACGUGGUCGGUAACAUUCGAUUCAGCCACCCCACUCUCUACGUCUUCCCAGGAGGACAGGGUGACGCCGCCCUCUUUGGAAUUAAUGGAUUUAAUAUGCUAGUUGAUGGCGGUUUCUCCCGCAAGGCGUGUUGGUGGGACUUUGCCCGUCAUCUGGACAGACUGGAUGCUGUCCUGUUCACACGGUUGAACAACUGCUCCAUGUCUGGCAUGGCUGCUGUGUUGCACAGGAAAGCUACAGCCAAUGUCUACCCACAGAUAGGACAUUUUUUCUGUAAUCUUGAAGAUCGGCGUGGCGUAUCAAGUCCUGAUGGAGAUAAGGACUCAGAUCCCCUCUUGGUGUCCUUGCUGCAGGCUGGCUCUGACAUGAUGGCUGAUCUCCGACAUAUUAACCUCAAGCCACAACAUUGCUAUCGUAGCCCAGAACCAAUUAACUUAUACCACAAAGUUGGACAUGGCACAUUGGAUAUGUUUGUUUUAAAUCCGUCCAAAGACUCCAAAUACGUACGUGAUUUUUUAAAAAGGUGGCAUAACAGCGAACAAACCCUUUUUGAAGGUUCUAGUGCAUCUGGACCUUUUAAUUUUCCAAUUCCCAACUUGGUCUCAAUAUGUGCAUUAUUAGUCUGGCGACCGGCAAACCCUGAUGACAACAUAACUAGAAUUAUGUUUCCUGGUUCUACACCACAACAUAAAAUAUUUGAAGGGUUAGAAAAACUAAAACAUCUAGAAUUUCUUCAACGUCCAACAUAUACAGGAAGACAGAUGUCCGCUGCGUCUAACAUUGUAACAAGCAAAACUUCGGCCAGUUUGAAUACUUCUGCACCCAUAAAGAACACAAAAUCUCUAGCUUCCAAGAUAAAUCGAGAUAAGAUUGAAAAAAAAGAUGAAAAGAGUAUUGAGAGUGAUAUGCAGGUAUCAAAGAUUGAUAAAAUUAAAGAAGUUUCAAAUAAUGUCAUUGACAAUAAGUUAAUAAGUGAACUUGUUGAUGAAGAGAAUAAACACUUAGAUUCUGUUUUAAAUGAGGCUAUCAUAAGUAAUGUAGACACAAAAUUAGAUGAAAAAAUACUUCAAAAUGAUAUUGCAAAAGAUAGCAAGCAGAAAAAAGGAAAGAAAAAAGAAAAAUCUGCAGAUAUAAAGACUAAACGGAUGGAUAAAACCGAUGAACACUUAAAAUUCGAUACAAAGAAAAUCGAUGUAGACAAUAAAUUAAAAGCUGACGUAAAGAAAAAAUCUGAAAAACCUAAAUCUGAAUUGUAUGCUUCGGUGACAAAAAGUAGAACAAAUCGGAUAACGCAAAAAAGUACAGAUCGAAAAGCUACGACUUCUUUAGAUAAGAAAAUUGUGGCUGAUGACAAAAAAUCGCCGCCUACAACUCCAAAGAAAUCUGUUGAUGUCAAAAGUCAGUCGCAUUUAGUGAAAGAUAAAGUAAAACUAAAGACCAGAAAAGUUAGCCCCGGAAGCACACCGGCAAAAAGCGUUAAAGAAGCAAGCAACAGAAGAGUGGUUGAGUCGAAAUAUAAACAAGCUUCGCCAAAACGUGAUUUAAUACAAAAAACAGGUGAAAAAAGGGAACCUAAAACGAAACGAGAGCCAAUAUCUAGAAGACCUAGGCCAGUAACAUCCCCAAUUAAGGGACUCAAAUCUACUAAGAGUCCAUCAAAGAGUAUAAAGUCUUCAAAGGCUGAUACGUCUAAGCUUAUUGGAUUACAAAGAGUUAAUUACGAAGACAUUUUAAAAGAGGCUAAAAAGUCUGAUGAGGAAACCUCAAAAUCUUUCGAUGAGAUCAAACAACAAGAGCUUGAUGAGCGAGAAGAGCAAGAAAUUGUUAGAGAAAUCGAAGCUGUCUUUAAUAGAGAUAGUGAAGUGGAAGAACGAGUUGAAUACGUUGGCAGAUCUGAUAUAGAAAAGAUUACUUGUCUGCUAGAUGAUACUAAAACAGGAAACAUUGACGGUGAUUUUGAAGAAGAGUAUUUAAUUAUAGAAAAGGAAGAAGUCGAGCAUUAUACAGAAGAUUCUGUCGUUGAGAAAGAAGAUGAGCUACAGAAACACAUAAAAGAUAAAGAGGAUACUGAAAAGAAGCAAAUCAAUGUAAUACAAGCAGAUUUUAAGCCUGAAACCACAACUCAAAAUGGUGACCAAGAUAAACCUGCUGAUUCUAAAGAGCAUUCAAUAAGUGUUGAAGAAAAACAAGAUAUUAGUAGUGAAAAAAAGACAUCAGAUAGCAAAAGUGCUAUAAAACCAAAAGACUCGAUUGAUAAUGUAAUACAAGAAUCACAGCCUGAAGAGAAAGUAUCAACCACAAUCGAAUCAGGUGCCACAACGGCACCUACACUGCCCGAAGAUGAACGAAUGACGUUAGAUGAUAUAAAAGAAGAUGAGUUGGUUGAAGAAAAAUAUGUAAAGGAACUAACUAAGGAAGUUUCCGUCCCCAAAUCUUUAAUUGACAUACAAAAGUUUACUAGCUUCGAAAAAAUUUCUAAACAAACUCCACAGCAGACACUUAUAAGAGAAAUUGUAAAAACACCUGACGAAGUAGCAGAUUUACCAUUACACGAAGAAGUUGAUUACAGGACUUACGAGGAAAAAAAGACUCCUGUUAGCGAAGAUGUUAGUAAACGUAAAAUUGAUAUACUUCAAAAAGACAUUAAAGUUCCUAGGGACCUGUCUAUAGUAAUUAAACCCACUGCCUCACCUAAAGAAACAAAUACUGUUCAAGAUGUGAUUGUAAGUACAACUCAACGUCUAUCACACCCAGAAUUGGUGACCGUAACUCCGGGUUCUGCCCCUGACUCGCCUAUGUAUCAUGAACCCUCUAAACUUGAAAAAUCUGCAAAAUCUUUGGAACCUGUGAAAGAAUACGAUGAUGAGCGAUAUAACUUUUCACAAUUUACUGAAAAACUCAGAGAAACGCAUAUAACAACUGUUGAUUCACCCAUAAAAGAUGAUAUUGUCGUUGUUGAAGAUCUACAUAUGCCUGAAAAGAUACCUUCAAUACCAGAAGAUGUAGAAAAAGAAAUAGAAGAAGCUCAAAUUUUAGAACAAACUGAAAAGCUUCCUAUCAGUCCUAAAGAAGUAGAAAAAAUUGUUGCUGAUGUUGCUGAAGUUUUAAAAUCGGAUAAAUCAUUAGACCAAUUGAUUGCAGAAAAAUCACCAAUCUUGUUAAAAUCCCCAGAAAAAUUUUUGCCUUGCGAAAAUAUCACUGAAAUUACAAAAGAAUUCUUGUCUGAUGAACAAAAUAUAACUUCAAUAAAAUAUGUAGAUGAAUCGCUGGUACCAAAAAGUGAUGAAGUUGAUUCUGUUGUUAAAUCAGAUACUGAAAUUGAGAAAACCUAUAAAGAAGUAUCCCCUAUUAAAUCCGUUACAUCGGAAGAUAUCAGCGAUCCUUCAGAAAAAACUGUUGUAAGCGAAACAAAAAAAAUAAAUACAGAAAUUCAGGACAAACAUGCUUUAACGUGUAUAUUGCCAGAGGUGAAACAAGAAACUGAUGGCCAAUUGACAGAAAAACGAGUAAGUAUCACAUUGGAUUCUGCCAAAACAUUAGAAAAGUUAGAAGAAAAAAUGACAGACCUUAAACAAAAGGAACAAAUUAAAAUUGCUGAGUUGAUUGCUCCUUCAUUGGACACUAAUGACAUUAAACAAAUAGUUAAUAAAACAAAACAAGAAAUACUUGAAAAAGAAAAAGAACAAAUUAAUGAGUCAAUUGUUCCGACGAAAGAAAAGAAAAAAGAGAAUAAAUCUGUAAUAGGAAGUUUCAUGAAUAAGUUUGACGAAAAGCUAAGCAAAGCUAAAGGUUUGUUUAGUAGAAAGACUGAGAAAAUUGCAGAAACUACAAAAGAAAAAAUAAAAAUCGAAGAUACACGAAAAACUGUAAUAGAAACCACUAACAAAGAUGUUACAGAUUUUGAAAAAAAUAUGCUAGAAUUGUUGUCUUUUAAUGAAGACGUACAAGAUUAUUUGACAAACUAUAUUGUCUUUGAUGAACCAGAGGAAACAAUUUUAGACAAAAAAGAGGAGAUUAAUGAAAAUGAUACCAUAAUCAAAAAACUUACUGUGACUCGAGUAAUAAAAACUAAAUUUAUCCAUAAAAAUGAAAUCACUCAAAUGUUAAAGAUUGUCACUAUAAUAACAACAACAAAUGAAUAUCCCAAUGGUACUAUCAUAAUAGUAAUUGAAGGAAGCUCUAUGUUGACUGAUAUCAACGAUAAAACUGAAUCUCAAAUAAACGAACUAUCUGAUUUCACCAUCCUUGAAAAUCAACAAAUUGUUAAAAAACAAGAAGAAGAUAUUGUCUUAUUACAUGAUAAACAUAUAAAACAAAAGUUAUCCAUUGUAACAGUAAAAGAUAUACUCACAACUCGAACCAAACAAAAAUACAAGGAAAAGAUGACUGUAAAUACGACAAAAGAAAUGUUCAUUACAGACGUUCCUACAAUUGUCAAUAUCAUUACAAUAUAUAUUUCUGAUUACAAUUUUAAAAGCAAAAUCGUUGACAACAAAAAACUUUCCAAAGUAUUUAUUACAGCAAAACAAACAUUAGAUAAAAGUGACUCCACAAUUAAAGUGAAAGAUAAUGAUUUACCAUUAUUUAAAAAAGACGCUAUAGAAAUCGAUAUCCAUAUUCAGACUAAAGAAGAUGAAGUAAGCAUUAGCAAUGAACAAGGAAUAAUGAAAGAACCUAGUCAGGUCCAAGAUGAUACUCAUAAAAAAGACGAUAUGAUCAACAAGGAUAUAAUCCAAUCUAAUAUAGUUUCUGUUAAGUCUGCUAGCCCUAUCCAAGAAAAAGUUCCAAUUCCUGCUUUGGAAAAGGAGCCUAGCCUUGUCAAAGAAUUAUCUUUGACAAAGAAAGUAACCACCGACAGGGAAGUAAGCAAGCCAAAAGAAAUUCCAGAAAAGGCUGCUAGCCCUAUCCAGGACAAAGUAGCUAGUCCUGCUUUAGUAAAGGAAAGAAGCCCUGUUAAAGAUGUUUCUGUGACAAAGGUAGAAGGUAUCACAAAGGAAGUCAGCCCGUCAAAAGAAAUAACAGAAAAGGCUGGGAGCCCAGUCCAGGACAAAGUACCAAGUCCUGUUCUAGGAAGAGAAACAAGCCCUGAAAAAGAUGUUUCUUUAACUAAGGAAGAAGUUACCACAAAGGAUGUCAGCCCGCCAAAAGAAAUAACAGAAAAGGCUGCUAGCACUGUCGAGGUCAAAGUACCAAGUCCUGUUCUAGAAAAAGAACCAAGCCCUGAAAAAAAUGUUCCUUUAACUAAGGAAGAAGGUAUCACAAAGGAUGUCAGCCCGCCAAAAGAAAUGACAGAAAAGGCUGCUAGCCCCAUCCAGGACAAAGUACCUAGUCCUGCUUUAGAAAAGGAAACAAGCCCUGUUAGAGAUGUUUCUUUAACCAAGGAAGAAGUUACCACAAAGGAUGUCAGCCCGCCAAAAGAAAUAAUAGUAAAGUCUGGUAGCCCUGUCCAGGUCAAAGUAUCAAGUCCUGUUCUAGGAAAAGAACCAUGCCCUGAAAAAUAUGUUCCUUUAACUAAGGAAGAAGGUAUCACAAAGGAUGUCAGCCCGCCAAAAGAAAUGACAGAAAAGGCUGCUAGCCCCAUCCAGGACAAAGUACCAAGUCCUGUUCUAGAAAAAGAACCAGGCCCUAAAAAAGAUGUUCCUUUAACUGAGGAAGAAGGUAUCACAAAGGAUAUCAGCCCGCCAAAAGAAAUAACAGAACAAGAUGGUAGCCCUGUCCAGGACAAAGUACCAAGUCCUGUUCUAGGAAGAGAACCAAGCCCUGAAAAAUAUGUUUCUGUGACUAAGGCAGAAGUUAUCACAAAGGAUGUCAGCCCGCCAAAAGAAAUUACAGAAAAGGCUGCUAGUCCCAUCCAGGACAAAGUACCUAGUCCUGCUUUAGAAAAGGAAACAAGCCCUGUUAAAGAUGUUUCUUUAACCAAGGAAGAAGUUACCACAACGGAUGUCAGCCCGCCAAAAGAAAUAAUAGAAAAGGCUGGUAGCCCUGUCCAGGUCAAAGAAUCAAGUCCUGUUCUAGGAAAAGAACCAAGCCUCGUAGAAGAUGUUCCUUUAACUAAGGAAGAAGGUAUCACAAAGGAUGUCAGCCCGCCAAAAGAAAUUCCAGAAAAGGCUGCUAGCCCCAUCCAGGACAAAGUACCAAGUCCUGUUCUAGAAAAAGAACCAAGCCCUAAAAAAGAUGUUCCUUUAACUAAGGAAGAAGGUAUCACAAAGGAUAUCAGCCCGCCAAAAGAAAUAACAGAAAAGAAUGGUAGCCCUGUCCAGGACAAAGUAUCAAGUCCUGUUCUCGGAAGAGAACCAAGCCCUGAAAAAAAUGUUCCUUUAACUAAGGAAGAAGGUAUCACAAAGGAUGUCAGCCCGCCAAAAGAAAUGAUAGAAAAGGCUGCUAGCCCUGUCGAGGACAAAGUACCAAGUGCUGUUCUAAAAAAAGAACCAAGCCCUGAAAAAGAUGUUCCUUUAACUAAGGAAGAAGGUAUCACAAACGAUAUCAGCCCACCAAAAGAAAUUCCAGCAAAGGCUGCUAGCCCCAUCCAGGACAAAGGGCCUAGUCCUGCUUUGAAAAAGGAAACAAUACCUAUUAAAGAUGUUUCUGUGACUAAGGAACAAAUUAUUAUAAAGGCUGUCAGCCCGCCAAAAGAAAUUACAGAAAAGUCUACUAGCCCAGUCCAGGACAUAGUACCAAGUCCUGUUCUAGAAAAAGAUGUUCCUUUGACUAAGGAAGAAAUUAUUACUAAGGAUGUCAGCCCGCCAAAAGAAAUUACAGAAAAGGCUGCUAGCCCUGUCCAGGACAUACUAACAAGUCCUGUUCUAGAAAAAGAUGUUCCUCUGACUAAGGAAGAAAUUAUUACUAAGGAUGUCAGCCCGCCAAAAGAAAUUACAGAAAAGGCUGCUAGUCCUGUCCAGGACAUAGUACCAAGUCCUGUUCUAGAAAAAGAUGUUCCUUUGACUAAGGAGGAAAUUAUUACAAAGGAUGUCAGCCCGCCAAAAGAAAUUACAGAAAAGUCUGCUAGCCCUGUCCAGGACAUAGUACCAAGUCCUGUUCUAGAAAAAGAUGUUCCUUUGACUAAGGAAGAAAUGAUUACUAAGGAUGUCAGCCCGCCAAAAGAAUUUACAGAAAAGGCUGCUAGCCCUGUCCAGGACAUAGUACCAAGUCCUGUUCUAGAAAAAGAUGUUCCUUUGACUAAGCAGGAAGGUAUCACGAGAGAUAUAAGCCCGCCAAAAGAAAUAAAAGAAAAGUCUGCUAGCCCUGUCCAGGACAAAGUAUCUAGUCCUGUUUUAGGAAAAGAAAAAAGCCCGGUAAAAGAUGUUUCUGUGAUUAAGGCAGAAGUUAUCACAAAGGAUGUCAGCCCGCCAAAAGAAAUUACAGAAAAGGCUGCUAGCCCUGUCCAGGACAAAGAACCAAGUCCUGAAAAAGAUGUUCCUUUGACUAAUGGAGAAGGUAUCACGAAGGGUAUAAGCCCGCAAAAAGAAAUAAAAGAAAAGUCUGCUAGCCCUGUCCAAGACAAAGUAUCUAGUCCUGUUCUAGGUAAAGAACCAAGUCCUGUAAAAGAUGUUCCUUUGACUAAGGCUGAAAUUAUCACAAAGGAUGUCAGCCCGCCAAAAGAAAUUCCAGAAAAGGCUCCUAGCCCCAUCCAGGACAAAGUACCUAGUCCUGCUUUAGAAAAGGAGACAAGUCCUGCUAAAGAUGUUUCUGUGACUAAGGCUGAAGUUAUCACAAAGGAUGUCAGUCCGCCAAAAGAAAUAAAAGAAAAGUCUGCUAGCCCUGUCCAGGACAAAGUAUCUAGUCCUGUUUUAGGAAAAGAACCAAGCCCGGUAAAAGAUGUUUCUGUGAUUAAGGCAGAAGUUAUCACAAAGGAUGUCAGCCCGCCAAAAGAAAUUACAGAAAAGGCUGCUAGCACCAUCCAGGACAAAGUACCUAGUCCUGUUCUAGAAAAAGAACCAAGCACUGAAAAAGAUGUUCUUUUGACUAAGGAUGAAGAUAUCACAAAGGAUGUCAGCCCGCCAAAAGAUAUUACAGAAAAGUCUGCUAGCCCUGUACAGGACAAAGUACCAAGUCCUGAUCUAGAAAAAGAUGUUCCCUUGACUAAGGAAGAAAUUAUUACAAAGGAUGUCAGCCCGCCAAAAGAAAUUACAGAAAAGUCUGCUAGCCCUGUCCAGGACAUAGUACCAAGUCCUGUUCUAGAAAAAGAUGUUCCUUUGACUAAGGAAGAAAUGAUUACUAAGGAUGUCAGCCCGCCAAAAGAAUUUACAGAAAAGGCUGCUAGCCCUGUCCAGGACAUAGUACCAAGUCCUGUUCUAGAAAAAGAUGUUCCUUUGACUAAGCAGGAAGGUAUCACGAGAGAUAUAAGCCCGCCAAAAGAAAUAAAAGAAAAGUCUGCUAGCCCUGUCCAGGACAAAGUAUCUAGUCCUGUUCUAAGUAAAGAACCAAGCCCUGUAAAAGAUGUUCUUUUAACUAAGGAAGAAGUUAUCAUAAAGGAUGUCAGUCCGCCAAAAGAAAUAACAGAAAAGGCUGGUAGCCCUGUCCAGGACAAAGUACCAAGUUCUGUUCUAGGAAAAGAACCAAGCCCUGUAAAAGAUGUUUCUGUGAUUAAGGAAGGAGUUAUCACAAAGGAUGUCAGCCUGCCAAAAGAAAUUACAGAAAAAGCUGCUAGCCCUGUCCAGGAAAAAGAACCAAGUCCUGAAAAAGAUGUUCCUUUAACUAAGGAAGAAGGUUUCACAAAGGAUGUCAGCCCACCAGAAGAAAUUACAGAAAAGGCUGCUAGCCCUGUCGAAGACAAAGUGCCUAGUCUUGCUUUAGAAAAAGAACCAGGCCCUGAAAAAGAUGUUCCUUUGACUAAGGAAGAAGAUAUCACGAAGGAUAUAAGCCCGCCAAAAGAAAUAACAGAAAAGUCUGCUAGCCCUGUUCAUGACAAAGUAUCUAGUCCUGUUCUAGUUAAAGAACCAAGCCCUGAAAAAGAUAUGCCUUUGACUAAGGCAGAAGUUAUCACAAAGGAUGUCAGCCCGACAAAAGAAAUUACAGAAAAGGCUGCUAGCCCUGUCCAGGUCAAAGUAUCUAGUCCUGAAAAAGAUGUUCCUUUCACUACGGAAGAAGGUAUCACAAUGGAUGUCAGCCCGCCAAAAGAAAUUCCAGCGAAGGCUGCAAGCCCCAUCCAGGACAAAGUACCUAUUCCUGCUGUAGAAAAGAAGACAAGUCCUGUUAGAGAUGUUGCUGUGACUAAGGCUGAAGUUAUCACAAAGAAUGUCAGCCCGACAAAAAAAAAAACAGAAAAGGCUGCUAGCCCUGUCGAGGACAAAGAACCAAGUCCUGUUCUAGAAAGCAAAUCAAGCCCUGAUGAUGAUGUUCCUUUAACUAAGGAAGAAGUUACCACAAAGGAUGUCAGCCCGACAAAAGAAAAAACAGAAAAGGCUGCUAGCCCUGUCGAGGACAAAGUGCCAAGUCCUGUUCUAGAAAGAGAAUCAAGCCCAGACGAUGAUGUUCCUUUAACUAAGGAAGAAGGUAUCACAAAGGAUGUCAGCCCACCAAAAGAAAUUACAGAAAAGGCUGCUAGCCCCAUCCAGGACAAAGUAUCAAGUCCUGUUCUAGAAAAAGAACCAAGCCCUGAAAAAGAUGUUCCUUUAACUAAGGAAGAAGGUAUCACAAAGGAUGUCAGCCCACCAAAAGAAAUUCCAGAAAAGGCUGCUAGCCCCAUCCAGGACAAAGUACCUAGUCCUAUUUUCGAAAAGGAAACAAGCCCUGUUAAAGAUGUCUCUGAGACUAAGGCAGAAGUGCUCACAAAGGAUGUCAGCCCGCCAAAAGAAAUUACAGAAAAGGCUGCUAGCCCCGUCCAGGACAAAGAACCUAGUCCUGUUCUAGAAAAAGAACCAAGCACUGACAAAGAUGUUCCUUUAACUAAGGAAGAAGGUAUCACAAAGGAUGUCAGCCCGCCAAAAGAAAUAACAGAAAAGGCUGCUAGCCCUGUCCAGGACAAAGUACCAAGUCCUGUUCUAGAAAAAGAACCAAGCCCUGUUAAAGAUGUUUCUGUGACAAAGGCAGAUGUGAUCACAAAGGAUGUCAGCCCGCUAAAAGAAAUUACAGAAAAGGCUACUAGCGCUGUCAAGGACAAAGUACCUAGUCCUGCUUUAGAAAAGGAAACGAGUCCUGUUAAAGAUGUCUCUGAGACUAAGGAAGAAGUUACCACAAAGGAUGUCAGCCCGCCAAAAGAAAUUCCAGAAAAGGCUGUUAGCCCCAUCCAGGACAAAGUACCAAGCCCUGUUCUAGAAAAAGAACCAAGCCCUGAAAAAGAUGUUCCUUUGACUAAGGAAGAAGUUACCACAAAGGAUGUCAGCCCACCAAAAGAAAUUCCAGAAAAGGCUGCUAGCCCCAUCCAGGACAAAAUACCAAGUCCUGUUCUAGAAAAAGAACCAAGCUCUGAAAAAGAUGUUCCUUUGACUAAGGAAGAAGGUAUCACAAAGGAUGUAAGCCCGCAAAAAGAAAUAACAGAAAAGGCUGUUAGCCCUGUCCAGGACAAAGUACUAAGUCCUGUUCUAGAAAAAGAACCAAGCCCUAUUAAAGAUGUUUCUGUGACAAAGGCAGAUGUGAUCACAAAGGAUGUCAGCCCGCUAAAAGAAAUAACAGAAAAGGCUGCCAGCCCAAUCCCGGACAAAGUACCUAGUCCUGCUUUAGAAAAGGAAACGAGCCCUGUUAAAGAUGUCUCUGAGACUAAGGAAGAAGUUACCACAAAGGAUGUCAGCCCGCCAAAAGAAAUUCCAGAAAAGGCUGCUAGCCCCAUCCAGGACAAAGUACCAAGUCCUGUUCUAAAAAAAGAACCAAGCCCUGAAAAAGAUUUUGCUUUGACUAAGGAAGAAGGUAUCACAAAGCAUGACAGCCCGCCAAAAGAAAUAACAGAAAAGGCUGCUAGUCCUGUCCAGGACAAAGUACCAAGUCCUGUUCUAGAAAAAGAACCAAGCCCUGAAAAAGAUGUUCCUUUGACUAAGGAAGGAGGUAUCACAAAGCAUGUCAGCCCACCUAAAGAAAUUCCAGGAAAGGCUGCUAGCCCCAUCCAGGACAAAAUACCAAGUCCUGUUCUAGAAAAAGAACCAAGCCCUGAAAAAGAUGUUCCUUUGACUAAGGAAGAAGGUAUCACAAAGCAUGACAGCCCGCCAAAAGAAAUUACAGAAAAGGCUGCUAGCCCUGUACAGGACAAAGUACCAAGUCCAGAUCUAGAAAAAGAUGUUCCUUUGACUAAGGAAGAAGGUAUCACAAAGGAUGUCAGCUCGCCAAAAGAAAUAACAGAAAAGGCUGCUAGCCCUGUCCAGGACAAAGUACCAAGUCCUGUUCUAGAAAAAGAACCAAGCCCUGAAAAAGAUGUUCCUUUGACUAAGGAAGAAGGUAUCACAAAGCAUGUCAGUCCACCUAAAGAAAUUCCAGAAAAGGCUGCUAGCCCUGUACAGGACAAAGUACCAAGUCCAGAUCUAGAAAAAGAUGUUCCUUUGACUAAGGAAGAAGGUAUCACAAAGGAUGUCAGCUCGCCAAAAGAAAUAACAGAAAAGGCUGCUAGCCCAGUCCAGGACAAAGUACCAAGUCCUGUUCUAGAAAAAGAACCAAGCCCUGAAAAAGAUGUUCCUUUGACUAAGGAAGAAGGUAUCACAAAGCAUGUCAGUCCACUUAAAGAAAUUCCAGAAAAGGCUGCUAUCUCCAUCCAGGACAAAAUACCAAGUCCUGUUCUAGAAAAAGAACCAAGCCCUGUAAAAGAUGUUCCUUUGACUAAGGAAGAAGGUAUCACAAAGCAUGACAGCCCGCCAAAAGAAAUUACAGAAAAGGCUGCUAGCCCUGUACAGGACAAAGUACCAAGUCCAGAUCUAGAAAAAGAUGUUCCUUUGACUAAGGAAGAAGGUAUCACAAAGCAUGUCAGUCCACCUAAAGAAAUUCCAGAAAAGGCUGCUAUCUCCAUCCAGGACAAAAUACCAAGUCCUGUACUAGAAAAAGAACCAAGCCCUGUAAAAGAUGUUCCUUUGACUAAGGAAGAAGGUAUCACAAAGCAUGACAGCCCACCAAAAGAAAUUACAGAAAAGGCUGCUAGCCCUGUAGAGGACAAAGUACCAAGUCCAGAUCUAGAAAAAGAUGUUCCUUUGACUAAGGAAGAAGUUACAACAAAGGAUGUCAGCCCACCAAAAGAAAUUCCAGAAAAGGCUGCUAGCCCCAUCCAGGACAAAGUACCAAGUCCUGUUCUAGAAAAAGAAUCAAGCUCUGAAAAAGAUGUUCCUUUGACUAAGGAAGAAGGUAUCACAAAGGAUGUCAGCUCGCCAAAAGAAAUAACAGAAAAGGCUGCUAGCCCAAUUCAGGACAAAGUACCAAGUCCUGCUUUAGAAAAGGAAACAAGCCCUGUUAAAGAUGUCUCUGAGACUAAGGAAGAAGUUACCACAAAGGAUGUCAGCCCGCCAAAAGAAAUUCCAGAAAAGGCUGCUAGCCCCAUCCAGGACAAAGAACCAAGUCCUGUUCUAGAAAAAGAACCAAGCCCUGAAAAAGAUGUUCCUUUGACUAAGGAAGAAGUUACAACAAAGGAUGUCAGCCCACCAAAAGAAAUUCCAGAAAAGGCUGCUAGCCCCAUCCAGGACAAAGUACCAAGUCCUGUUCUAGAAAAAGAAUCAAGCUCUGAAAAAGAUGUUUCUUUGACUAAGGAAGAAGGUAUCACAAAGGAUGUCAGCUCGCCAAAAGAAAUAACAGAAAAGGCUGUUAGCCCCAUCCAGGACAAAGUACCAAGUCCUGCUUUAGAAAAGGAAACAAGCCCUGUUAAAGAAGUCUCUGAGACUAAGGAAGAAGUUACCACAAAGGAUGUCAGCCCGCCAAAAGAAAUUCCAGAAAAGGCUGCUAGCCCCAUCCAGGACAAAGAACCAAGUCCUGUUCUAGAAAAAGAACCAAGCCCUGAAAAAGAUGUUCCUUUGACUAAGGAAGAAGGUAUCACAAAGCAUGUCAGCCCACCUAAAGAAAUUCCAGAAAAGGCUGCUAGCCCUGUACAGGACAAAGUACCAAGUCCAGAUCUAGAAAAAGAUGUUCCUUUGACUAAGGAAGAAGGUAUCACAAAGGAUGUCAGCCCGCCAAAAGAAAUAUCAGAAAAGGUUGCUAGCCCUGUACAGGACAAAGUACCAAGUCCUGUUCUAGAAAAAGAACCAAGCCCUGAAAAAGAUGUUACAGAAAAGGCUGCUAGCCCCAUCCACGACAAAGUACCAAGUCCUGUUCUAGAAAAAGAACCAAGCCCAGAAAAAGAUGUUCCUUUGACUAAGGAAGAAGGUAUCACAAAGCAUGACAGGCCGUCAAAAGAAAUUACAGAAAAGGCUGUUAGCCCUGUACAGGACAAAGAACCAAGUCCUGAUCUAGAAAAAGAUGUUUCUUUGACUAAGGAAGAAGGUAUUACAAAGGAUGUCAGCCCGCCAAAAGAAAUAACAGAAAAGGCUGCUAGCCCUGUCCAGGACAAAGUACCAAGUCCUGUUCUAGAAAAAGAACCAAGCCCUGAAAAAGAUGUUCCUUUGACUAAGGAAGAAGGUAUCACAAAGCAUGACAGCCCGCCAAAAGAAAUUACAGAAAAGGCAGCUAGCCCUGUCCAAGGACAAGUCCCAAGUCCUGUUCUAAGAAAAGAACCAAGCCCAGAAAAAGAAGCUCCUUUAACUAAGGAAGAAGGUAUCACAAAGGAUGUCAGCCCGCCAAAAGAAAUUACAGAAAAGGCUGCUAGCCCCAUCCAGGACAAAGAACCUAGUCCUGUUCUAAGAAAAGAACCAAGCCCAGAAAAAGAAGCUCCUUUAACUCAGGAAGAAGGUAUCACAAAGGAUGUCAGCCCGCCAAAAGAAAUUACAGAAAAGGCUGCUAGCCCCAUCCAGGACAAAGUACCUAGUCCUGCUUUAGAAAAGGAAACAAGCCCUGUUAAAGAUGUUUCUGUGACUAAGGCAGUAGUGAUCACAAAGGAUGUCAGUCCGCCAAAAGAAAUUACAGAAAAGGCUGCUAGCCCUGUCCAGGACAUAGUACCAAGUCCUGUUCUAGAUAAAGAACCAAGCUCUGAAAAAGAUGUUCCUUUGACUAAGGAAGAAGUUACCACCAAGGAUGUCAGCCCGCCGAAAGAAAUUCUAGAAAAGGCUGCUAGUCCCAUCCAGGACAAAGUAACUAGUCUUGCUUCAGAAAAGGAAACAAGCCCUGUUAAAGAUGUUUCUGUGACUCAGACAGAAGUGAUCACAAAGGAUGUCAGCCCGCCAAAAGAAAUAACAGAAAAGGCUGCUAGCCCCAUCCAGGACAAAGUACCUAGUCCUGCUUUAGAAAAGGAAACAAGCCCUGUUAAAGAUAUCUCUGAGACUAAGGCAGAAGUGAUCACAAAGGAUGUCAGCCCGCCAAAAGAAAUUACAGAAAAGGCUGCUAGCCCCGUCCAGGACAAAGAACCUAGUCCUGUUCUAGAAAAAGAACCAAGCACUGAACAAGAUGUUCCUUUAACUAAGGAAGAAGGUAUCACAAAGGAUGUCAGCCCGCCGAAAGAAAUUCUAGAAAAGGCUGCUAGUCCCAUCCAGGACAAAGUAACUAGUCCUGCUUCAGAAAAGGAACCAAGCCCUGUUAAAGAUGUUUCCGUGACUCAGACAGAAGUGAUCACAAAGGAUGUCAGCCCGCCAAAAGAAAUAACAGAAAAGGCUGCUAGCCCCAUCCAGGACAAAGUACCUAGUCCUGCUUUAGAAAAGGAAACAAGCCCUGUUAAAGAUAUCUCUGAGACUAAGGCAGAAGUGAUCACAAAGGAUGUCAGCCCGCCAAAAGAAAUUACAGAAAAGGCUGCUAGCCCUGUCCAGGACAAAGAACCUAGUCCUGUUCUAGAAAAAGAACCAAGCACUGAAAAAGAUGUUCCUUUGACUAAGGAUGAAGGUAUUACAAAGGAUGUAAGCCCGCAAAAAGAAAUUACAGAAAAGGCAGCUAGCCCUGUCCAAGGAGAAGUACCAAGUCCUGUUCUAAGAAAAGAACCAAGCCCAGAAAAAGAAGCUCCUUUAACUAAGGAAGAAGGUAUCACAAAGGAUGUCAGCCCGCCAAAAGAAAUUACAGAAAAGGCUGCUAGCCCCAUCCAGGACAAAGAACCUAGUCCUGUUCUAAGAAAAGAACCAAGCCCAGAAAAAGAAGCUCCUUUAACUCAGGAAGAAGGUAUCACAAAGGAUGUCAGCCCGCCAAAAGAAAUUACAGAAAAGGCUGCUAGCCCCAUCCAGGACAAAGUACCUAGUCCUGCUUUAGAAAAGGAAACAAGCCCUGUUAAAGAUGUUUCUGUGACUAAGGCAGUAGUGAUCACAAAGGAUGUCAGUCCGCCAAAAGAAAUUACAGAAAAGGCUGCUAGCCCCAUCCAGGACAAAGAACCUAGUCCUGUUCUAAGAAAAGAACCAAGCCCAGAAAAAGAAGUUCCUUUAACUCAGGAAGAAGGUAUCACAAAGGAUGUCAGCCCGCCAAAAGAAAUUACAGAAAAGGCUGCUAGCCCCAUCCAGGACAAAGUACCUAGUCCUGCUUUAGAAAAGGAAACAAGCCCUGUUAAAGAUGUUUCUGUGACUCAGACAGAAGUGAUCACAAAGGAUGUCAGCCCGCCAAAAGAAAUAACAGAAAAGGCUGCUAGCCCCAUCCAGGACAAAGUACCUUGUCCUGCUUUAGAAAAGGAAACAAGGCCUGUUAAAUAUGUCUCUGAGACUAAGGCAGAAGUGAUCACAAAGGAUGUCAGCCCGCCAAAAGAAAUUACAGAAAAGGCUGCUAGCCCCGUCCAGGACAAAGAAUCUAGUCCUGUUCUAGAAAAAGAACCAAGCACUGAAAAAGAUGUUCCUUUGACUAAGGAUGAAGGUAUUACAAAGGAUGUAAGCCCGCAAAAAGAAAUUACAGAAAAAGCUGCAAGCCCCAUCCAGGACAAAGUACCUAGUCCUGCUUUAGAAAAGGAAACAAGCCCUGUUAAAGAUGUCUCUGAGACUAAGGCAGAAGUGAUCACAAAGGAUGUCAGCCCGCCAAAAGAAAUUACAGAAAAGGCUGCUAGCCCCGUCCAGGACAAAGAACCUAGUCCUGUUCUAGAAAAAGAACCAAGCACUGAAAAAGAUGUUCCUUUAACUAAGGAAGAAGGUAUCACAAAGGAUGUCAGCCCGCCAAAAGAAAUUACAGAAAAGGCUGCUAGCCCCGUCCAGGACAAAGAAUCUAGUCCUGUUCUAGAAAAAGAACCAAGCACUGAAAAAGAUGUUCCUUUAUUUAAGGAAGAAGGUAUCACAAAGGAUGUCAGCCCGCCAAAAGAAAUUACAGAAAAGGCUGCUAGCCCCAUCCAGGACAAAGUUCCUAGUCCUGCUUUAGAAAAGGAAACAAGCCCUGUUAAAGAUGUCUCUGAGACUAAGGCAGAAGUUACCACAAAGGAUGUCAGUCCGCCAAAAGAAAUUACAGAAAAGGCUGCUAGCCCUGUCCAGGACAUAGUACCAAGUCCUGUUCUAGAUAAAGAACCAAGCUCUGAAAAAGAUGUUCCUUUGACUAAGGAAGAAGGUAUCACAAAGGAUGUCAGCCCGCCAAAAGAAAUUACAGAAAAGGCUUCUAGCCCCAUCCAGGACAAAGUACCUAGUCCUGCUUUAGAAAAGGAAACAAGCCCUGUUAAAGAUGUUUCUGUGACUAAGGCAGAAAUGAUCACAAAGGAUGUCAGCCCGCCAAAAGAAAUUACAGAAAAGGCUGCUAGCCCCAUCCAGGAAAAAGUUCCUAGUCCUGCUUUAGAAAAGGAAACAAGCCCUGUUAAAGAUGUCUCUGAGACUAAGGCAGAAGUUACCACAAAGGAUGUCAGCCCACCAAAAGAAAUUCCAGAAAAGGCUGCUAGCCCCAUCCAGGACAAAAUACCAAGUCCUGUUCUAGAAAAAGAACCAAGCUCUGAAAAAGAUGUUCCUUUGACUAAGGCAGAAGUUAUCACAAAGGAUGUCAGCCCGCCAAAAGAAAUUACAGAAAAGGCUGCUAGCCCCGUCCAGGACAAAGAACCUAGUCCUGUUCUAGAAAAAGAACCAAGCACUGAAAAAGAUGUUCCUUUAACUAAGGAAGAAGGUAUCACAAAGGAUGUCAGCCCGCCAAAAGAAAUUACAGAAAAGGCUGCUAGCCCCGUCCAGGACAAAGAAUCUAGUCCUGUUCUAGAAAAAGAACCAAGCACUGAAAAAGAUGUUCCUUUAUUUAAGGAAGAAGGUAUCACAAAGGAUGUCAGCCCGCCAAAAGAAAUUACAGAAAAGGCUGCUAGCCCCAUCCAGGACAAAGUUCCUAGUCCUGCUUUAGAAAAGGAAACAAGCCCUGUUAAAGAUGUCUCUGAGACUAAGGCAGAAGUUACCACAAAGGAUGUCAGUCCGCCAAAAGAAAUUACAGAAAAGGCUGCUAGCCCUGUCCAGGACAUAGUACCAAGUCCUGUUCUAGAUAAAGAACCAAGCUCUGAAAAAGAUGUUCCUUUGACUAAGGAAGAAGGUAUCACAAAGGAUGUCAGCCCGCCAAAAGAAAUUACAGAAAAGGCUUCUAGCCCCAUCCAGGACAAAGUACCUAGUCCUGCUUUAGAAAAGGAAACAAGCCCUGUUAAAGAUGUUUCUGUGACUAAGGCAGAAAUGAUCACAAAGGAUGUCAGCCCGCCAAAAGAAAUUACAGAAAAGGCUGCUAGCCCCAUCCAGGAAAAAGUUCCUAGUCCUGCUUUAGAAAAGGAAACAAGCCCUGUUAAAGAUGUCUCUGAGACUAAGGCAGAAGUUACCACAAAGGAUGUCAGCCCACCAAAAGAAAUUACAGAAAAGGCUGCUAGCCCCGUCCAGGACAAAGAAUCUAGUCCUGUUCUAGAAAAAGAACCAAGCACUGAAAAAGAUGUUCCUUUAUUUAAGGAAGAAGGUAUCACAAAGGAUGUCAGCCCGCCAAAAGAAAUUACAGAAAAGGCUGCUAGCCCCGUCCAGGACAAAGAACCUAGUCCUGUUCUAGAAAAAGAACCAAGCACUGAAAAAGAUGUUCCUUUAACUAAGGAAGAAGGUAUCACAAAGGAUGUCAGCCCGCCAAAAGAAAUUACAGAAAAGGCUGCUAGCCCCGUCCAGGACAAAGAAUCUAGUCCUGUUCUAGAAAAAGAACCAAGCACUGAAAAAGAUGUUCCUUUAUUUAAGGAAGAAGGUAUCACAAAGGAUGUCAGCCCGCCAAAAGAAAUUACAGAAAAGGCUGCUAGCCCCAUCCAGGACAAAGUUCCUAGUCCUGCUUUAGAAAAGGAAACAAGCCCUGUUAAAGAUGUCUCUGAGACUAAGGCAGAAGUUACCACAAAGGAUGUCAGCCCACCAAAAGAAAUUCCAGAAAAGGCUGCUAGCCCCAUCCAGGACAAAGUACCAAGUGCUGUUCUAGAAAAAGAACCAAGCUCUGAAAAAGAUGUUCCUUUGACUAAGGAAGAAGGUAUCACAAAGGAUGUCAGCCUGCCAAAAGAAAUUACAGAAAAGGCUGCUAGCCCCAUCCAGGACAAAGUUCCUAGUCCUGCUUUGGAAAAGGAAACAAGCCCUGUUAAAGAUGUCUCUGAGACUAAGGCAGAAGUUACCACAAAGGAUGUCAGCCCACCAAAAGAAAUUCCAGAAAAGGCUGCUGGCCCCAUCCAGGACAAAGUACCAAGUCCUGUUCUAGAAAAAGAACCAAGCUCUGAAAAAGAUGUUCCUUUGACUAAGGAAGAAGGUAUCACAAAGGAUGUCAGCCCGCCGAAAGAAAUAACAGAAAAGGCUGCUAGCCCUGUCCAGGACAAAGUACCAAGUCCUGUUCUAGAAAAGGAAACAAGCCCUGUUAUAGAUGUUUCUGUGACUAAGGCAGUAGUGAUCACAAAGGAUGUCAGCCCGCCAAAAAAAAUUACAGAAAAGGUUGCUAGCCCUGUCCAGGACAAAGUACCAAGUCCUGUUCUAGAAAAAGAACCAAGCCCUGAAAAUGAUGUUCUUUUGACUAAGGAAGAAGUUACCACAAAGGAUGUCAGUUUGCCAAAAGAAAUAACAGAAAAGGCUGCUAGCCCUGUCCAGGACAAAGUAUCUAGUCCUAAAAAAGAUGAUCAUUUGACUAAGGAAGUAGGUAUUACAAAGGAUAAAAGCCCGCCAAAAGACAUAACAGAAAAGUCUGCUAGCCCUGUUCAUGACAAAGUAUUUGGUCCUGUUCUAGUUAAAGAACCAAGCCCUGUAAAAGAUGUCCCUUUGACUAAGGCAGAAGUUAUCACAAAGGAUGUCAGCCCGCCAAAAGAAAUUACAGAAAAGGCUGCUAGCCCCAUCCAGGACAAAGUACCAAGUCCUGUUCUAGAAAAAGAACUAAGCCCUGAAAAAGAUGUUCCUUUGACUAAGGAAGAAGGUAUCACAAAGCAUGACAGCCCGCCAAAAGAAAUGACAGAAAGGGCUGCUAGCCCUGUCCAGGACAAAGUACCAAGUCCUGUUCUAGAAAAAGAACCAAGCCCUGAAAAAGAUAUUCCUUUAACUAAGGAAGAAGGUAUCACAAAGGAUGUCAGCCCGCCAAAAGAAAUUACAGAAAAAGCUGCUAGCCCCAUCCAGGACAAAGUACCUAGUCCUGCUUUAGAAAAGGAAACAAGCCCUGUUAAAGAUGUCUCUGAGACUAAGGCAGAAGUGAUCACAAAGGAUGUCAGCCCGCCAAAAGAAAUUACAGAAAAGGCUGCUAGCCCCGUCCAGGACAAAGAACCUAGUCCUGUUCUAGAAAAAGAACCAAGCACUGAAAAAGAUGUUCCUUUAACUAAGGAAGAAGGUAUCACAAAGGAUGUCAGCCCGCCAAAAGAAAUUACAGAAAAGGCUGCUAGCCCCGUCCAGGACAAAGAACCUAGUCCUGUUCUAGAAAAAGAACCAAGCACUGAAAAAGAUGUUCCUUUAACUAAGGAAGAAGUUAUCACAAAGGAUGUCAGCCCGCAAAAAGAAAUAACAGAAAAGGCUGCUAGCCCCAUCCAGGACAAAGUUCCUAGUCCUGCUUUAGAAAAGGAAACAAGCCCUGUUAAAGAUGUCUCUGAGACUAAGGCAGAAGUUACCACAAAGGAUGUCAGCCCACCAAAAGAAAUUCCAGAAAAGGCUGCUAGCCCCAUCCAGGACAAAGUACCAAGUCCUGUUCUAGAAAAAGAACCAAGCUCUGAAAAAGAUGUUCCUUUGACUAAGGAAGAAGGUAUCACAAAGGAUGUCAGCCCGCCAAAAGAAAUUACAGAAAAGGCUUCUAGCCCCAUCCAGGACAAAGUACCUAGUCCUGCUUUAGAAAAGGAGACUAGGCCCGUAAAAGAUGUUCCUUUGACUAAGGCAGAAGUUACCACAAAGGAUGUCAGCCUGUCAAAAGAAAUAACAGAAAAGGCUGUUAGCUCUGUCCAAGACAAAGAACCCAGUCCUGAAAAAGAUGUUCCUUUGACUAAGGCAGAAAGUAUCACGAAGGAUAUAAGCCCGCUUCAAGAAAUAACAGAAAAGUCUGCUGGCCUUGUCCAUGACAAAGUAUCUAGUCCUGUUCUAGGUAAAAAACCAAGCCCUGUUAAAGAUGAUUCUGUGACUAAGGCAGUAGUUACCACAAAGGAUGUCAGCCCGCUGAAAGAAAUUACAGAAAAGGCUGGUAGCCCUGUCCAGGACAAAGUACAUAGUCCUGCUCUAGAAAAAGAACCAAACCCUGUAAAAGAUGUUUCUUUGAUUAAGGAAGAAGUUAUCACAAAGGAUGUAAGCCCGCCAAAAGAUAUUCCAGUAAAGGCUGCUAGCCCUGUCCAGGACAAAGUACAAAGUCCUGUUCUAGAAAAAGAACGAAGUCCUGAUAAAGAUGUUCCCUUGACUAAGGAAGAAGUUAUCACAAAAGAUGUAAGCCCGCCAAAAGAAAUUCCAGAAAAGCCUGCUAGCCCUUUCAAGGAUAAAGUACCAAGACAUGUUCUAGAAAAAGGACCAAGCCCUGUAAAAGAUGUCCCUUUGACUAAGGCAGAAGUUAUCACAAAGGAUGUCAGCCCGCCAAAAGAAAUUACAGAAAAGGCUGCUAGCCCCAUCCAGGACAAAGUACCAAGUCCUGUUCUAGAAAAAGAACCAAGCUCUGAAAAAGAUGUUCCUUUGACUAAGGAAGAAGUUAUCACAAAGGAUGUCAGCCCGCCAAAAGAAAUUACAGAAAAGGCUGCUAGCCCCGUCCAGGACAAAGAACCUAGUCCUGUUCUAGAAAAAGAACCAAGCACUGAAAAAGAUGUUCCUUUAACUAAGGAAGAAGGUAUCACAAAGGAUGUCAGCCCGCCAAAAGAAAUUACAGAAAAGGCUGCUAGCCCCGUCCAGGACAAAGAAUCUAGUCCUGUUCUAGAAAAAGAACCAAGCACUGAAAAAGAUGUUCCUUUAACUAAGGAAGAAGGUAUCACAAAGGAUGUCAGCCCGCCAAAAGAAAUUACAGAAAAGGCUGCUAGCCCCGUCCAGGACAAAGAACCUAGUUCUGUUCUAGAAAAAGAACCAAGCCCUGAAAAAGAUGUUCCUUUGACUAAUGAAGAAGGUAUAACAAAGCAUGACAGCCCGCCAAAAGAAAUUACAGAAAAGGCUGCUAGCCCUGUACAGGACAAAUUACCAAGUCCUGUUCUAAAAAAAGAUGUUCCUUUGACUAAGGAAGAAGGUAUCACAAAGGAUGUCAGCCCGCCAAAAGAAAUUACAGAAAAGGCUGCUAGCCCCAUCCAGGACAAAGUUCCUAGUCCUGCUUUAGAAAAGGAAACAAGCCCUGUUAAAGAUGUCUCUGAGACUAAGGCAGAAGUUACCACAAAGGAUGUCAGCCCACCAAAAGAAAUUCCAGAAAAGGCUGCUGGCCCCAUCCAGGACAAAGUACCAAGUCCUGUUCUAGAAAAAGAACCAAGCCCUGAAAAAGAUAUUCCUUUAACUAAGGAAGAAGGUAUCACAAAGGAUGUCAGCCCGCCAAAAGAAAUUACAGAAAAAGCUGCUAGCCCCAUCCAGGACAAAGUACCUAGUCCUGCUUUAGAAAAGGAAACAAGCCCUGUUAAAGAUGUCUCUGAGACUAAGGCAGAAGUGAUCACAAAGGAUGUCAGCCCGCCAAAAGAAAUUACAGAAAAGGCUGCUAGCCCCGUCCAGGACAAAGAACCUAGUCCUGUUCUAGAAAAAGAACCAAGCACUGAAAAAGAUGUUCCUUUAACUAAGGAAGAAGGUAUCACAAAGGAUGUCAGCCCGCCAAAAGAAAUUACAGAAAAGGCUGCUAGCCCCGUCCAGGACAAAGAACCUAGUCCUGUUCUAGAAAAAGAACCAAGCACUGAAAAAGAUGUUCCUUUAACUAAGGAAGAAGUUAUCACAAAGGAUGUCAGCCCGCAAAAAGAAAUAACAGAAAAGGCUGCUAGCCCCAUCCAGGACAAAGUUCCUAGUCCUGCUUUAGAAAAGGAAACAAGCCCUGUUAAAGAUGUCUCUGAGACUAAGGCAGAAGUUACCACAAAGGAUGUCAGCCCACCAAAAGAAAUUCCAGAAAAGGCUGCUAGCCCCAUCCAGGACAAAGUACCAAGUCCUGUUCUAGAAAAAGAACCAAGCUCUGAAAAAGAUGUUCCUUUGACUAAGGAAGAAGGUAUCACAAAGGAUGUCAGCCCGCCAAAAGAAAUUACAGAAAAGGCUUCUAGCCCCAUCCAGGACAAAGUACCUAGUCCUGCUUUAGAAAAGGAAACAAGCCCUGUUAAAGAUGUUUCUGUGACUAAGGCAGAAAUGAUCACAAAGGAUGUCAGCCCGCCAAAAGAAAUUACAGAAAAGGCUGCUAGCCCCAUCCAGGACAAAGUUCCUAGUCCUGCUUUAGAAAAGGAAACAAGCCCUGUUAAAGAUGUCUCUGAGACUAAGGCAGAAGUUACCACAAAGGAUGUCAGCCCACCAAAAGAAAUUCCAGAAAAGGCUGCUAGCCCCAUCCAGGACAAAGUACCAAGUCCUGUUCUAGAAAAAGAACCAAGCCCUGAAAAAGAUAUUCCUUUAACUAAGACAGAAGUUAUCACAAAGGAUGUCACCCCGCCAAAAGAAAUUACAGAAAAGGCUGCUAGCCCCAUCAAGGACAAAGUACCAAGUUCUGUUCUAGAAAAAGAACCAAGCCCUGAAAAAGAUGUUCCUUUGACUAAUGAAGAAGGUAUAACAAAGCAUGACAGCCCGCCAAAAGAAAUUACAGAAAAGGCUGCUAGCCCCAUCCAGGACAAAGUACCAAGUCCUGUUCUAGAAAAAGAACCAAGCCCUGAAAAAGAUGUUCCUUUGACUAAGGAAGAAGGUAUCACAAAGGAUGUCAGCCCGCCAAAAGAAAUAUCAGAAAAGGCUGGUAGCCCUGUACAAGACAAAGUACCAAGUCCUGUUCUAGAAAAAGAUGUUCCUUUGACUAAGGAAGAAGGUAUCACAAAGGAUGUCAGCCCGCCAAAAGAAAUAUCAGAAAAGGUUGCUAGCCCUGUACAGGACAAAGUACCAAGUCCUGUUCUAGAAAAAGAACCAAGCCCUGAAAAAGAUGUUCCUUUGACUAAGGAAGAAGGUAUCACUAAGCAUGACAGCCCGCCAAAAGAAAUUACAGAAAAGGCUGCUAGCCCCAUCCAGGACAAAGUACCUAGUCCUGCUUUAGAAAAGGAGACUAGGCCCGUAAAAGAUGUUCCUUUGACUAAGGCAGAAGUUACCACAAAGGAUGUCAGCCUGUCAAAAGAAAUAACAGAAAAGGCUGUUAGCUCUGUCCAAGACAAAGAACCCAGUCCUGAAAAAGAUGUUCCUUUGACUAAGGCAGAAAGUAUCACGAAGGAUAUAAGCCCGCUUCAAGAAAUAACAGAAAAGUCUGCUGGCCUUGUCCAUGACAAAGUAUCUAGUCCUGUUCUAGGUAAAAAACCAAGCCCUGUUAAAGAUGAUUCUGUGACUAAGGCAGUAGUUACCACAAAGGAUGUCAGCCCGCUGAAAGAAAUUACAGAAAAGGCUGGUAGCCCUGUCCAGGACAAAGUACAUAGUCCUGCUCUAGAAAAAGAACCAAGCCCUGUAAAAGAUGUUUCUUUGAUUAAGGAAGAAGUUAUCACAAAGGAUGUAAGCCCGCCAAAAGAUAUUCCAGUAAAGGCUGCUAGCCCUGUCCAGGACAAAGUACAAAGUCCUGUUCUAGAAAAAGAACGAAAUCCUGAUAAAGAUGUUCCCUUGACUAAGGAAGAAGUUAUCACAAAAGAUGUAAGCCCGCCAAAAGAAAUUCCAGAAAAGCCUGCUAGCCCUAUCAAGGAUAAAGUACCAAGACAUGUUCUAGAAAAAGAACCAAGCCCUGAAAAAGAUAUUCCUUUAACUAAGGAAGAAGGUAUCACAAAGGAUGUCAGCCCGCCAAAAGAAAUAACUGAAAAGGCUGGUAGCCCUGUCCAGGACAAAGUACCAAGUCUUGCUCUAGAAAGAGAACCAAGCCCUGUACAAGAGGUUUCCUUGACUAAGAAAGAAGUUAUCGCAAAGGAUGUAAGCCCGCUAAAAGAAAUUACAGAAAAGGCUGCUAGCCCUAUCAAGGACAAAGUGCCAAGUCCUGCUCUAGAAAAAGAACCAAGCCCUGUACAAGAGGUUGCCUUGACUAAGGAGGAAGUUACCGCUAAGGAUGCAAGCCCGCUCAAAGAAAUUCCAGAAAAGGCUGCUGGCCCUGUCCUGGACAAAGUGCCUAGUCCUGCUCUUAAAAAAGAUGUUCCUUUGACUAAGGCCGAAGUUAUCAUAAGGGAUGUAAGCCCGCCAAAAGAUAUUACAGACAUUGCUGUUAGCCUUAUCCAGGACAAACAACCAAGGCCUGUUCUAGAAAAAGAACCAAUUCCUGUUAAAGAUGUUCCAUUUAAAACAGAUGGAGUUAUCAAAAAAGAUGGAAGCCAAUCUAUUGAAGCUGUGGAGAAAUCAGUUAGACCUUUACAAGAGAAAUUAAUGGGUUCGUCUUUACAAAUGGAAUCAAAUAAAGAUAUAAAUAUCGAAAAGGAUGUUAACAAAACUAUGGCGGGAGUUGAUGAAAACAAAAGAAACGAUUUCAGUAAGAAUUUCUUGGAAACUACUUCUAGUUUUAAAGAAACCUAUUCAAUUAAAGAGGAUUUAGAGAAAUAUACAUAUGAUUCUAAUGAAAAAUUUACGACGUCUUCUUUCAAUGUUAUAGACAGAAUUUUAAGUAGAAAAGAUAUUCAUCACAUUGGACAAAGUAAUGGCGACUUAUUGGAUAAGAAUAAAAGAACCAUUCAUGCAUCAUCUAGUCUUUUUACUGAACGAUCAAAAUCAUUCAGCAGUUCUGAAGAUAUAUCUAAAGAUGUAAGCUUGGAAGAAAAAUAUAGUUUUGAAAGUACAGAGAAAGAAAAGACAAUUGCUACUAUGGAUAGGCAGACAACUGAAGAUAAAUUUUAUUCUAAAAGUAUAAAGGAACAAGAUUUUUCGAAAGAUGUAGUAACUAAAUUACCAGAUUCAGAUAAAUCAGCGCUACUUAUUGAAUCCAUUCAAAAAGCGUUUGGCGACGAAAGUAUACAGCAAGGUAUUAAAACAGAAAGCACUGAAUCACUUGUUGUCCAUUCGUUCGACAGAGUUUCAACACCACCUACAGUGCCUGUUAGUCCGUUGCCUAAAACUCAAGGAGCUUUUCACGACGUCAAAGUAAGUGAAGGUGUCCAAAGUGAAAUUUCUUAUGAUAAAUCAGAUGGAAGUGACGAAACUAUCACAAAAACAGUUCAUGUUGGUGAAGAUGUACUUACCCAAAGAAUAUCUACUUCGACUGAAAAGGUUCCGAAAAGUACUAAGAGUUCUGAUAUUACUGACAGCUUAGAUUUACAGGCUUUAACUGAAACUAUAGGAAAAAUCAAAACGGAAACCGACACUGUAACUAAGGUGAUAAAAGAAGGUGAAAAUGUGGUUACCCAAACUAUCACUACUGUCACAACAAAGGAAGUUAUUUCGAAAGAAGAUGGAACUCCACAAAAUGUUAAAACGACAAUAGAAACUACAACAUUAUGUAAAAGUUCUGAUGGAUCAACAACAACAACCAAAGAUACCCAAACAGUUUUAUCCGAAUGUUCUUCAACUCUAAAAUCUUCUUCACAUAUAGAUGUUGAUGCCAUAAAUGAAAUUAAAAUGGAAGCUAACGGCCAUAUAAAAAAAAGUCAUGUUUUCGAUGAUGAUAAUUCAGUACAUUCACCUGUUGAAUUAAAUACACCUGUUAAAAUUACAAAUGAUGAUAGUGACGAAAUAACAAUUGAUACUGAUGUUAGUAAACGAGUUAUACAAGAAAACGGGAUUGAUAUAAUUGAAACUGUUACGACGGUAACAAAAAAAGAAACAGUCGAAGCUGAAGAUAAUAAAAAAGUUUCAAAAACAACAGUUGAAACUUAUGUUACAAAAGAAAAACCGGAUGGGUCUAAAGAUGAGCAGAAAAAGGUAGAAGUUAAAACUGAAGAGAUUUUGACAGAUAGAACAAGUGACAUUGAUAAUAUUUUGACUAAUUUAAAAGUUUUUGAAAUACCUGAAGAAAGCAUUACAACGUCGGCUGAAGAAAUUCAGGAUGAAAAUAUUUUAAUUAAACGCAUUACAUCUAUAAAAACUAUCAAAACAAAAUAUGCAGAUCAAUAUAACAAUCUUAAAAAGUUAAAAACCGUUACAAUAGUGACCACCACUGAUCAAUAUCCUGAUGGUUCCUCAAACAUGAAAGUUAAUACAAGUAUAUCUUUAACAGAUUUAUGUGUACCUAAAGUUGACAAUAGUAUUGAACUUAAAGAUUUUACAUGCUUAGAAGACAGACAUGUAAAUGUGGAAAAACAGGAAAAAACUUGUGUGGUUAACGGAGAAAAAAUUAAACAACUUGUAACUACCACAACAACCAAUGAGAUAUUAUCAAAAGAUGAUAAAAGCCAGAAGAAAUUAAAGAGAACUAUUGAAACUGUGACAGAAUCUACUUUACCCAAUGGCUUCAUAGAAGUUACUAAAGACAUUAGCGUUUCAAUAUCGGAUUGUCUAACAGAAGCUGAUAAACAACACUUCGAGGGUUUUACGUUGCUAUGCCAACCUAAAGAAGAAACUACUACAUCUAGUGAAAAUAUAGAAAUAAAUGGAGUUGUAAUAAAACGUCAAAUAACUACAACUAAAACUUAUCAGGAAUUUGUGGAUGAAGUUCAAAAUCUCAAAAAAACAAAAACUAUCAUAAAAGAGGUUACUGAAGACGAGUAUCCAGAUGGCUCAAUUACAUCAAAAACUAGUGAGAAAGUGUCAGUUUUUGAUGAACCGUAUGAAGUCAAAAUUGUCGAUGAUUCAAUUACAAAGUUGCAAUCAAAAGAAGAUUUAUUAAAAACAUCUGAUCUAAACUCAUCGCAAAACUUCAAUAUACUUUUAACCGAACAACCAGAAGAUGGCUUAGAACGACUGGAAAACAUGGGUAUAGAUAUUCAUACCGACACAAAAGAAGCGUUUGUUUUGCGUGAUGGAAAAUCACUACGUCAAGUCAUUAAAACUACUACAACAAAAGAACUCUUGCCAUCUGAAGAUGAUGCAAGAAAAAAAAUAAAAACGACAGUGGAAACAAUAACUGAAAAUGAGUUACCCAAUGGAAGUACUGAAGUUGUAAAAGAUGUUAAAGUUUCAAUUGCUGAAUAUGGAAAUAGUAGUUCCGAAGAAAAUUUACAUGGUUAUUCUAUAAUUGGAGAACCAGAUAUAAAGACAGAAUCAAUGUCAGAGCGCGUAGUUGACAAUGGAAUCGAAAUUACAAGAAGAACUACUAUAACUACAACCAAACAAACGUUCCAAAAUACCAGAAAUUUGAAUAGAAGACUGAAAACUGUAGUUGCAACUAUUACAGAAGAUGCCUAUCCUGAUGGCACUGUUUUGACAAAAAAAAGUGAAAAAAUAUCUGUAGCCGAUAUUUUAUCUGAAAACCUGACACAUGAAGCAGAAUGUGUAGAUCAUAAAGGUGAUAUAGAAACUGUCGUAGAGGCUACGACUGACGAAUCAGAUGUAAAGAAAGAAAUAGUUUUUAAAGACUCUGCAAAAAUUAACCGUACCAUAACUACUAAAACUAAGCGAGAAACGUUGGGUUCCCAAGAUAAGAAUAUACGACGAUUAAGAACAACUGUUGAAACAAUUACAGAAGAUGAGUACCCAGAUGGAUCCGUUGAAACAACAAAAGAUGUGAAAAUAACAAUUUCAAUUUCAGAAUUUCAGAAGGCUUCUGAUAAUGACUUACAGGCAGCAUUAGAUGGUUUUAUAGUCACGGGAAAAGUAAAGAAUUAUGACGACAAAAAAACAAAUAUAAUCACAGACAAUUUAUCAAAAAUUACUCAGCACAUUACAACUCACAUUACUAAGGAAGAACUUAAAAACAAAACUUCAAAUCAGGUGGCUGUUAGAACAAUCACGCAAACUGUAACAGAGAAUAUAAAGGAAGAUGGUUCAAUCGAGACUACCAAAGAUGUUCGUACGCAAAUCGCUUAUUUACCAGAAGGGAUGCUUUUUGAAGAUCUUACGCCAGAAGAAGGUGAGGUGACCAUCCAAGACAAAGAAAGCCCAAAAGCUGUAAAACCAAUUAUCAAUGAACUACAUAUUGUGCCAGCUGAACAAAAACACCAAGAAAUUGAACCUAAAAAGAAACGAUCACCUGUGGGAGAAAUAACGACGGAAACCGAAACAUUCAAUAAAAUAAUAAAAGAUGGUGAUAAAGAAAUUCAUCAAACAGUAACAGUCGUGACUAGAAAAGAAGUUAUUAGUCCUGAGAAAGUAAAAGUAACUGUAGAAACAACAACUGUGAGUAAGGGUAGCGACGGUGUAACGAAAACGACAAAAUCAACAAAAACUACGAUUUCAGAAUUUAAAGAAGAAUAUGAAGAGAUGAUUGAUACCGGAGAUUAUGAUAAAUCUCCUUCCAAAUAUUCAUCUAAGGCAGGUGAUAUGCGUAGUUCAUCUGUCACUAGUGACUAUUUAGAUCAGCUCGGUAUGGCAACUCCACCUUCCGACAUUAGUUCUCGAGAAUCAAGAGCAGCUACACAUGCAUGGGGAACAGAAAGUAGUGGCAUGUAUUACAGUGAUGAGGAUGGUCAGGCUAGUCCAAGUAGCACCAAAUCUCAAAUAGCUCAUUCCCCGAAAUCAAACCUUAGUUUUGAAUUACCACUUCAACAACAUCAAGACGAUCCCAUGUCUAUGUCAGUAUAUGGUCAACUUCCAGGUGAUUUUGCAGAAUAUUCUGAAGACACGGGGCCCUCCGUAAAAAAAAUUACAAGUGACUUCUUGACACAUGAGAAAAUUAAAACAGAUAGUGUUCAUUCAACUGAAGAUAUAUCCGUUUCCAGUUUCUUGAAAGAAGCUGAUGAACAAUUUGAAAAAGCUAUUGAAGAGCACAAAAAAAUCAGUGGUUCAACAGUUAUUUCUAGUAUAACAGCUAAAUAUGAAUUAGAUCAAGAUAGUCAGACCAGUGUUAGUAAAGAAAAUUCAAAAUCGCAGGACUCAACUGUAACGCUUAGGGAAUUUAGAUCAGACUCGAAGAAGUCAAGUUCAGAUCGUGAUGAAAAUGCAAAAAUGUCUAGUACUAAAUCACACGAAUUAUCCAAAGAUCCGAUUGAAUCUUGGGGUAAACCACUCGGAUUACCGAGUCCAAUUUUACCUUCGGAUGGCAAAAGUACUCCAAAAAAACAAGCUGCAAGCUUAUCUGUAGUAAACAAAAAUAAAAUGUCGCAAGAUAAAAACAAAGAAGCCAGAGUGACAGAAUCUCCAAGUAAAAAGAAAACACCGACGCCUAUUUACAUGGACUUAACCUAUGUUCCACAUCACGGAAAUUCCUACUACUCUGCCAUGGAAUUUUUCAAGCGUGUUCGGGCUCGUUAUUACGUGUUUUCGGGCACAGAGCCUUCUAAGGAAAUAUACAAUGCACUCUUAGAUGCCAAGAAAACCUGGGAAGAUAAGAAUUUAGAAGUGACCAUCAUACCUACCUACGACACCGAUGUUCUCGGCUAUUGGGUAGCGGAGAACGAAGAGGCUCUCGAGAAGUAUAAAAUAGACCUUUCGCCUUCUGCUUCCCGAUGCACCAUCAACCUACAAGACCAUGAGACCUCGUGCGCGGCCUACAGGCUAGAGUUCUAGGUGUCGGGUCUAUUUGUUGACUUCUCGUCGAAGAAGUAAGCUUCCCUAUUUUCUGCAAGUGAAACGAUUCCACACGUUAUUAAAUUCGUGUGGUCUCGAUACACUAACAUUUAGUAGGGCGAGGACACUAACCCGAUGAGAAUGUUUACAAAUAGAUUCUUAUAUGUGAUAUACUUUAGACAGACUGUUGUGAAAUUUUAUUAAUUGUAGAUAAUAUAUUGUAUACUCAGAACAUCAACUGUACUCCAGCUUAAUAUUUCGGACAUGAGUCGAAUCCUAAUGAGACGUCCUCGAUUGCAUCCAUCAAUUUUCGACCUAAUAACAAAAACGUCCAUUUUUUUCUAAACUGUUUUCUAGUAGCAACAUAAAUACAUGCCAUUUAAAAUCUUAUAUUUCUGAUAAAUUUUAGUAUUUGGUCUUAUACAAUCAGUAGUGCUUUUAUAUACGAUUUUUAGCAUAACCAGUCCAUUUUGUUUAGCCAAAACAACGCUUGUGCGAAAAAUCUAAAUUUUUGAAAAAUUAUUUUGCUAUCGCAUUGUGAGAUUUAAAAAGAGAAUACGAUUUUGAAACGACUCGGCCGCAGCCGCCGGCUUUUAACGGACGUGAUUACGAACAAAUUCGAUUAAAAUAUAGCGAUGAUCAAUACUCAUUUGUAAGGUUUUCCUGAGCUACAUAAUUUUUUACGACCAGAGACUAAGUGAAAUAUAUAGAGGUCUUCAAAAGACACUGUGCAUUAUGCACACACUGUUUGAUAGAAGUAAUAUAAUUGUUUCUUCAGAUUAGGAAGGCAAAUUCUGUUUCAUGUUAUCAAAAUAAGAAAACCCCAAAUAAUUAAAUAAAUAUCCUCAUUAUUUCUUUAAUUAUUUCGUCAGGUUAAAUUCGUAUGAAGCACAAAAAUAGUACUAAUUGAAUUUAGCUCGAAAUAUUAUUAGAUACGCCCAAAGCCUGCAUGGGACUUCUAAAGACUAUCGAGUAAUUAAAAUCUAAUUCAUAAUAGAUAAGUGCCACUACUGAGAACACUUUUCACCGAUAAAGGAAGUUGUUAUAUUAAAAAGCAUGAAUAAUUCAUCUGUCAUGUUAAAGUGCGUCAACAUCGGAUGAUUUUUUUUAAAACAGUUUUUGCCUUUCUAAACAUUUAACGAGCCUAAGACGAUAGAGCUUAAUUCAUAAUAUAAAAAGGUUUAUUAGGAAUACUAAAUACAGCUGAGUUGUGUUGAUAUUUAAUUUAUAUCUACCACAUCUAUUAUCUGUUAGAUAUACAGUUAUGGUAUCAAAUUUAUUUCGUGUUAUGGUGACUCUUCAAAUAGAAUCUCUAAUCUUUUUUACAGUUAAAAUUAAAUCAAUAAAGAAAUUUCUAGUCGAGUCCCAAAUAUAAAGAAAUAUAGAUUACAUAGUAUUAUAAUACGUUCCUAUUUGCAUUGAUUUUUGACAUAAUUAAUUUUGUUAUUCAAUAUGUAUUAUUGGUGUUAUAAUGUAUUCAACGUAAUUCCUCUAUAUUGAGUGUAUAGUACGAAUGGUGAGCGAAUGGUCAUUAUACCGUCUAGUCUAGGACGUAAGCUUGGACUGUUCUCAUAAUAAUAUAAAAAUCUCCAUAAUUUAAUUUUUGCCAAUGAAAAUAAACCUUUAAGUCAAUUACUUUAAGUCAUCCAUAGCGUUAAGCUAAUCUUAUGAAACUACUAUUGCUUUCUUUGCCAAACCUACCUAUAGAGAACUUUCUGUAAAUUACACGCACCAGCACAAUGUAUUUAUCUUAAAACGAACGUUUGUAAGGACAAAACUACUAUUAAUUCUAUAAAUACUAUAUAUUUUUAUGUACGACAGUUUAUUUAUAAUUAUUUUUCUUAUAUGGCUAUAAUAUAUUGCGUGUUGACUUGUGUGAGUGAUAGUAUUUUGCUUAUAACAUUGGACCGGUACAGGGGUGACUAACUCGCGUGAGAUGGAAUAUCCGGUCAUCGGCUGCUAGCGAUACAUCAUCCAACAACAGUUUUACAAGAUCACAAUUCCCCUAGCAUUUUAUUUACUAAAUAAUAAUGUUCCAAAUCGAUCUCACUGGCUGAAGGCUUUUUAUUGCUUUCAUAUGUAGAGAUGAUGUAUCGGAAGUAGUUGAAGGCAAGCUUUAAAAGUGCUAGAUUUAGCCAUUUCCUCUCGGUUGUCUCGUAAUUUCGUUGGCUUUUUAGCCGAACCCGAGAUUUACUAUUGUAUUUAUAGCUAGAAGUCUAAUUAAUGCAUAUUAUUAGGAAUAUUAAAAUGUUGUUAAUUAAGAAUUGUAUCAGCUUAGAAAACAUCAAUAGCUCUGAAUAAAGUCAUUAUUAAAAUUAUUAAAUGUUGCAUUUUUCAAACGCGUGUGUUAGUUUUGUCUGCUGUUACAAAAUUUAUUAUAUCUAUAUGAAAGUUAAUCAUAAUGUUGAAUUGAUGUUCAGAUAUCCGAAAGGGUUUUUAAUUAAAAAAGGAUUUUGUUCCUAUUGCUUCGUGUUUUAUGUAUAAAAGAUUUGUAUCGAAGACCAUUGUGUAGAUAGGUUAAAAACGGGAUGUAGAUAUUGUUCGAUAGAGUGGGAGAUGUGGUGCUAACAACCGAUUGUGCUAGAUUAUUGGCCGUUAACAUGACGAUUGAGGUGCGUACAGAACACAAUGUGAAAUUCAGGAUAAAACAGCAUUGAGCUCUAUACGCAUCAAUGUUCGUUAUUUGGCUGACACGCUUAAUGGUAAGAAUGGCUGCUUAAGUGAUAUUUUAUAUGAAAUUGUUCUUAUUUUUGCUUGGUUUAAUAAUUUAAAUAAUGAUCUUAGUCCCUAUGUGGAUGUUAGUUAUCUGUAACUAUUAUUGUAUUAUGUAAAUUAAAAUAAUAAAAAAAGAUUCAUUGUAUCAGUCACGUCGCUAUUCCCCAUUCUGCGUGUUUGGUGAUGUAUAAGAGAAUAAAGUAAAUAAAAUAUAAAAAA